CGUAGGUGUGCGUGUGCGCGCGUCUUAACACACGUUACAUAUAUAUAUAUACAUAAAAUACACGAUAGACAGAGGCACCAGGUUGGCGCACACGUCUCGCCUUUUUUUUCGAAACAAGUUGACAAACAGUACCCGGGGCACCUUUGGGCAGACCAUGUCCACGACAACGGCGGCUGCGAGCGGCGAAGCCACCGGGCCCCAGCCGAGUGCCCCAUCGGCAGCCGUCUUUGAUUAGUAAAGUGCGUCUAGCUCAGCGAAGUGUUUAGCCACCACGACUUUUCUUCCCUUUUUUUUUUUCCUCCUUCUUCUUUCCAUUUCAUUGUUUCUCCCAUCGAUAUCGUGCAUGAGCCAGUGCGCGUCGACGUCAGUGCGAUAAGUACCGAGUGAAAAGUACUGCUGGUGGCUUUGAGCGCGUCGGGCCACUGACACGGCUGUACUCGUAGGAGCUCGAGCCGAGAGGAUACUAAGUGGGACUCAGCCGUAGCUACAAAACCGUGAAAAUGUCGUCGGUGAAGGUAGCCGUGAGGGUUCGUCCCUUCAACAUGAGGGAGAUCAACCGAGAGGCCCAGUGCAUUAUAGAAAUGAUCGACAAAACCACAUCAAUAGCCAAUCCCAAGGCACCUCCAGGGACAAAGGACGCCGUCAAAAGCUUCAACUACGAUUAUUCAUACUUUUCUAUGGACCCCAACGAAGACAAUUACUCCUCCCAAAUUAUGGUCUACAAGGACAUUGGCGAGGAGAUGCUGGAACACGCUUUCGAAGGUUACAACGUGUGCAUAUUCGCGUACGGGCAAACGGGAGCCGGCAAAUCCUACACAAUGAUGGGCAAGCAGGAAGAGGGCCAGGAGGGCAUCAUACCACAGAUCUGCAAGGACCUGUUCCGCAGGAUCAGCGACAGCUCGAACGAGGAAAUGAAACACUCGGUCGAGGUCAGCUACAUGGAGAUAUAUUGCGAGCGCGUGCGUGAUCUCCUCAAUCCGAAGAACAAAGGGAACUUACGUGUCCGUGAACACCCUCUUUUGGGGCCUUACGUCGAGGACCUAUCUAAGCUUGCUGUUAUGUCCUACGAGGACAUCCACGAUCUCAUCGAUGAGGGAAAUAAGGCCAGGACGGUGGCGGCGACAAACAUGAACGAGACAUCGAGCAGGUCACAUGCAGUAUUCACCAUAUUCUUCACCCAGCACAAGGAGGACACAGUAACUGGUCUGGCCACAGAAAAGGUCUCCAAAAUCUCACUGGUCGAUCUCGCAGGUUCGGAACGUGCUGAUUCCACUGGUGCUAAGGGUACUCGCCUCAAGGAGGGCGCUAACAUCAAUAAGAGCCUGACGACCCUCGGCAAGGUCAUCAGUGCCCUGGCUGAAAUUGCGGCUUCAAAGGACAAAAAGAAGAAGAAAGCUGAUUUCAUACCUUACCGAGAUUCAGUACUGACUUGGCUGUUACGUGAAAAUUUGGGUGGCAACUCGAAAACGGCUAUGAUCGCGGCCAUCAGUCCUGCGGACAUAAAUUACGACGAAACUCUCUCCACACUAAGAUACGCGGACAGGGCCAAGCAGAUCGUGUGCAAAGCUGUGGUCAAUGAGGAUGCGAACGCGAAGAUCAUCCGCGAGCUCAAGGAAGAAAUACAGAAGCUCCGCGAGCUGCUCAAGCAGGAAGGCAUCGACUUCCAAGAGGGAGAUGUAUCUUCUUUCAUCCGGAACCCAAAACGAGAAGACGAUCCGAAAGAAAUACGCCAGAGAAUCCCUUCCCACCCAACUUCAACAUUGGCCGAAGAAGCGGUCGAGCAGCUCCAGGCCUCGGAAAAGCUCAUAGCAGAGCUAAACGAAACGUGGGAAGAAAAGCUGAAACGCACCGAGGCGAUACGCGUGCAGCGCGAGGCAGUGUUCGCCGAGAUGGGCGUGGCGGUGAAGGAGGACGGGGUCACGGUCGGGGUGUUCUCCCCAAAAAAGACCCCACACCUGGUAAAUUUGAACGAGGACCCGCUUAUGUCCGAGUGCCUCAUCUACUACAUCAAGGAUGGCUUCACGCGAGUCGGCAGCGCCGAGGCGAACGUGCCCCAGGACAUACAACUGUCCGGUCCGCACAUCCUAAGCGAGCACUGCGUCUUCGAAAACCACGAGGGCCUCAUCACCCUCAUACCGAAGAAGAGCGCCAUCAUCUACGUGAACGGGCGCGUCAUCACCGAGCCCAUGAUCCUCAAGACUGGCUCCCGUGUCAUCCUCGGCAAGAACCACGUCUUUAGGUUCAAUCAUCCCGAGCAAGUUCGCGAGAGACGCGAGAAGAACUCGCCAGCCGAGACACCGGGAACCGGCGAGACGGUCGACUGGAACUUUGCGCAGAUCGAACUGCUGGAGAAGCAGGGCAUCGACCUCAAGGUGGAGAUGGACAAGCGGCUCUUGGUCCUGGAGGAGCAGUUUCGCAAGGAGAAGGAGGAGGCGGACCAGCUCUUCGAGGAGCAAAGAAAAAGUUACGAGGCCCGCAUCGACGCCUUGCAAAAACAAGUGGAAGAACAGAGCAUGACCAUGUCGAUGUACAGCAGCUACACGCCCGAAGACUUUAACAACACCGAGGAGGACAUAUUUGUCAACCCAUUGUUUGACGCAGAGAGCAACUGGGGUGAGCGCGAAUUCCAGCUGGCCGGCUGGGCCUUCCGCAAGUGGAAGUACCACCAGUUCACCAGUCUGAGGGACGAUUUGUGGGGCAACGCCAUCUUCCUCAAGGAAGCCAACGCCAUUUCUGUCGAGCUCAAGAAGAAGGUCCAAUUCCAGUUUACGCUGCUCACCGACACUUUGUAUUCGCCUUUACCCCCGGACCUCUUACCAGCCGCGGACGAUGAAGACGAAGAGGAAAGACCUUUGCCACGCACGAUCGUCGCUGUCGAAGUGCAGGACUUGAAAAACGGCGCCACCCACUACUGGACCCUUGACAAGCUCAGACAAAGACUGGAGCUGAUGCGCGAGAUGUACCACAACGAGGCCGAGCUGUCGCCAACCUCGCCGGACUACAACAUCGAGAGCAUCACGGGUGGCGACCCGUUCUACGAUCGGUUCCCCUGGUUCCGUAUGGUUGGCAGAUCUUUCAUAUACCUGAGCAACUUGUUGUAUCCCGUCCCUCUGAUCCACAAAGUGGCCAUUGUCAACGAGAAAGGCGACGUCAAAGGGUACCUCAGAGUCGCCGUUCAAGCCGUCAUGGAAGAGGAAAACAGUGAGUACUCGUGCGGCGUGAGACAGUCGGCCCGGAUCUCCUUCGACGACGACCUCUUCGGCAGCGCGACUCAGCGCCAAAACCGUCGCAACGCGUUGCUCGCCCAGGGCAUGGAGAAAGGUGGCCACCAUCAUCAGCAUCAAAUCCUGGCGGAGGAGCGGGUCAUCGAGGGCCACUCGGAGAACAAGGAGGUCAAGAGCGAGAAGGAGGGGAAGGAGGACGAGGAGGUCGGGGACACCGACAGCGGCCGUGGGGACAGCUCCGUGGCCAGCGAUACCAAGGAGGAGGAAGCGCCUGAGCACCUCCAGCCGGGCGUCGAGUUCACCUUCCGCGUGACGGUUCUCCAGGCCGUGGGCAUUGCUACCGAAUACGCUGAUAUUUUCUGUCAAUUCAAUUUCUUGCAUCGCCACGACGAGGCUUUCUCAACCGAGCCCGUCAAGAACACCGGCAAAGGCAAUCCCCCUGGCUUUUACCAUGUACAAAAUAUUACCGUCACAGUUACCAAAUCGUUUGUCGAGUACAUAAAGACGCAGCCGAUAGUCUUCGAGGUCUUUGGCCACUAUCAACAACAUCCUCUGCACAAGGACGCCAAACUCGAAUACGUACGCCAGCCACCGAAGCGCAUGCUACCACCGUCAAUCCCAAUAAGCCAGCCGGUCCGCUCGCCCAAGUUCAGCAGCGUGCUGCCGUCGCCCAGCACCUCGCACGUGCACGCCAAGUACGACGUGCUCGUCUGGUUCGAAAUCUGCGAGUUGGCGCCCAACGGCGAGUACGUGCCCUGCGUCGUCGACCACAGCGAUGACCUGCCCUGCCGGGGUCUCUUCAUGCUCCACCAGGGCAUACAGCGGCGCAUCCGCGUCACCAUUGUCCACGAGCAGGCGUCCGAGCUGCGCUGGAAGGACGUGCGCGAACUCGUGGUGGGUAGGAUCCGAAACACGCCCGAGCCCGAGGAGGAGGACAACGACUCGAGCGUGCUGUCACUUGGGCUGUUCCCUGGCGAGUGCCUCGACGUGCCCGGGGACGACAGGUGCAUGUUCAGGUUCGAAGCCGCCUGGGACAGCUCGCUCCACAACUCGGUGCUCCUGAACCGCGUCACCUCGUACGGCGAGCAAAUAUUCAUGACCAUCUCUGCUUAUCUCGAGUUGGAGAACUGCGGCAGACCGGCCAUCAUUACCAAGGACCUCAGCAUGAUCAUUUACGGGAGGGACGCGCGAGUCGGGCCGCGCUCGUUGAAGCAUCUGUUUAGCGGGAGCUACCGCAACCAGGAGGCGAAUCGGCUCAGCGGUGUUUACGAGCUCGUGUUGCGUCGCUCUUCCGAAGCAGGCGUGCAAAGACGACAGCGUCGCGUGCUCGACACAAGCUCGACUUACGUGAGGGGCGAAGAGAACCUCGACGGCUGGCGACCUCGAGGCGACAGCCUCAUAUUCGACCACCAAUGGGAACUCGAGAAAUUGACUAGGCUCGAGGAGGUCGAGCGCGUCAGGCACACCCUACUUCUCAGGGAAAAGCUUGGCAUUGACAAAAACACGUUCUGCAACAAGGCCACCCACGACUUCACCAAAAGCGAGAAGGAGGUCUGCAACAUGGUGGCAAAGGCAACAAACGAGUCCCACGCAAGUCCGGUAAAGGUGAAAAAGGCGCCCAGCAAGGACACGUACGAGCCGUGGGAGAUGACCGAGCGCGAGAAGGAGCUGACCAGCAAGUACGUCAAGCUGAUACAAGGGAGAAUACCGAACAAGGAGCCCAUCGUCCUGUCGGACGUUUCGCCGAACGACGACACGAUGGGUGACAUGAGCGCUUCGAUGAUGUCCUCGGUCGUCUCCUCCUCGUCCCAAGAGUUGAGCUCGCCGGAGCGCGCGAGGCUGCAGGAGUUGCAGGACAGUAUUAUGGCCGGCGAGUCGGCGAGCCACGGCUCGGUGGCUCCAGCCCCGCUUGGCUCGAUCUCGCCCGUCAACAGCGAACACCUGGUGCUCUACGUGCCCGAGGUCGAGGAGAUACGCAUCAGCCCCGUCAUCGCUCGCAAGGGUUACCUCAACGUCCUCGAGCACAAGACCAAUGGCUGGAAGAAACGAUGGGUGUCGGUUCGCAGACCGUACGUUUUUAUUUUCCGAGACGAAAAAGACCCCGUCGAGAGAGCACUGAUUAACUUAGCCACUGCUCAAGUAGAAUAUUCAGAGGACCAGUUGGCUAUGGUCAAAGUACCUAAUACAUUUAGCGUCGUAACGAAACACCGAGGUUAUCUCCUCCAAACGUUGGGUGAUAAGGAAGUUUACGAUUGGCUGUACGCGAUCAACCCAUUGUUGGCUGGUCAGAUCAGGUCGAAGCUCGCACGCAAGGGUCCAGGAUUGACGGGUAUCUCCAUAAGCCUGACACCACAGCAGCAACAGCAACAACAACAACAGUACCACCAGCAGCAGCAACAGCAGACAGCGGUAGGCGGGCCGGUGAACAGCCAGGCCCAAGCCAAGUGAGUGGCGGACUCGCUGGCCGAGAUGAUGGGCGCCGUAGCCAAAGUCUCGAGGAGCGUACUGAACCGCUCGCACUCUGCUCUCGAGUCGCGAAAUUUCUGCAAAUUUGGCUUUCCGAUUAUUUUCGAGUGAAGGCCAACGAAGAAGAGACAAAAAGGGGGGGGCGAGGGGCGAGGUGGUCGACGGCGAGGGGAGUGGGCGCGCGCCCAGCCAACACGUGUGCGCACUCCUGUCCAAUCGACCACACACACACGCAUACACAUAAAAAGUUAAUGUAGCCUUGAUCAACCAUCCUUGACGUAAAUUCAGAGGAGCCGCACAAACUCAACACUCACCCACACCCGCGUGAUGCACCGCACACACUCACCCACUACCGCCUAUAUAUACGUAUACGUGUAACCAUGGGUCACCAACGAACUCCUUGCACUCACCAAGCAGCUUUAUGGGUCUUUGUAGAUCCAUAGGCGUCCUUUUGUGGCUCGCUGGGCGUUUCGAUGUGAAACGCUAGACAAUUGUUCGGGCAGAGCCACCCCCACCCAACCCAUCGCAUCUCGCGCACGCGCCACACCGGAACCUAUACACGGCAAUGAGAAAGAAGAUUGCGCGCACUGGAGUGUCGCGAAACGAAAAUUGAGAGCGAGUCGUCGCCUCAUUGCGCACCCUCGUGAGGUUUUUCAUGCUUUUGUUUUUACCUUUCAUCUUUCGAUUGUUUUUGCUUUUCCAAACAGCCUUUUCCGCUCGUAACACCGCCUGGUCUCUCUACUGUCUUCGUCGUCUUUGAGCCGCGUCGUUGCACUUGGUUUUUUUUUUCUGCUCCUAGCGAUGAAACGGAGGAAGAGAUGUGUUCUCACGCGAGGGCGAAAAUAUGGUACAAUGAGAGACACUUGACUCGUGGAUGCAUGAAUCUCCCGGCCAGUGAGUCGCGAUAAAACCUCGGGAUUUCCAGACAAUGAUUUUAUGCAAUAAAAAAAUUAAAAAAAAAAAAAAGAGUGAGAGAGCGAGAAAGGAAAAUUGCGCGCAU